AUGGUUACGCGCCGUACUCACAAGCUGCAGAACGUCCAAUACAACUCGGCCCUGCGCCAGAGCAAGGCCAUCCGCAACGACCUCGAGAAGCUGUCCUCCUCAGCUGCGCAACCAGCUGCCUUGACCCCCGCCGAGAUUGGCAAUGUGUCUGCAUCUCUCGCCUCUUUUUCCAAGACCGUCGACGAAUACAAACAACUAGCUCGCCAGGAGCUCGUACCCAAGAAACAAGAAGAAGCCUACGAACGAGUGAAACGGUUCCGCGAUGACCUCUCCGAUUUCCGCUCUCAGGUCGACUCUCUCAAGAAGGCUCGCGAAGAAGCCGCCCACAACAAUAAUCGAGGCGAGCUGCUAGGCCGUCGAGCUUAUGUCACAGCCACACCCGAAAACCCCUACGCCAACGUCAAUAAGUCGUCCCAAUUCCACAGCCGAGGCGCUUCGACAGGUCAGGCCGGCGGCGGUGGGCUGAGCAUGGGCGGAAACGAUGUCACAAGAGAACAACACGCCCUGCGAGAGCAGAACUUCUUUGCUAGCACCAACUCAGCCUUGGACGAAUACAUUGCUCGCGGGCAAGCCGUACUAGGCGAUCUUGGAACGCAGCGCGAAAUGCUCAAGAACACCCAAAAGAGGCUCUACUCUGUCGGUAACACGCUAGGCAUCUCUGGCGACACCAUUCGCAUGAUUGAGCGCCGCGCCAAGGAAGACAAGUGGAUCUUUUGGGCUGGCGUCAUCAUCUUCUUCCUCUUCUGCUGGGCGUGCAUACACUUUUUACGGUAA